UCUAGUUUAUGAUUGAAUUGGUGGUAGAGUUAUAAGUUUAAACUGAAGUGAUUAUACUAGGUGCACAUUUUUUGACUUUUCCUAAUUACCAAAGAGACUUAGUUCUGGUAAGCAUGUAAAUAAAUAACUAAUGCCAAGAAUAUGUCAACCUAGAAAGCAUAUUCAACAAAUUAAUCAUUUGGUUUGAUAAGGACGAUACUAGAAAGUAGCAUGUAAGCAUAACCAGUAAAUGGCUGGUUUUUGCGAAUUGCAUACACACUAUCGGUUGAGGCGGCUUAGCCGAAAUUCAGUUACAUGUUGUAUAAUUAAUAAUAGAACUGGAAAAUCAGCCUCAUUAUUGUGGAUCAAUAUGCUAGUACCAAGCGAGGAAAAUAUCGUUACUAAAUGUUAGUUAUUAUUAUUAUAUGAAUUUCAGUAAAUUUAUUUUAUAUAUUCGAAUUUCUCAGAAAAUAUUACAAGAUAUCAUUUAAAUUUUGCAUACUUAUCUUAAUUAAUCAUAUUGAAAUUAAAUCAUAUGCGCAGAUCAGAAGUCAAAAUAUUGCCAAGAAAAGAGUAAUUGCAGUAGGCAUAUUUUUUCUUUCAUAUCAUUGCAAUGCUUUUUGAAUUUGGCAGUUUUAUUUUUAUACGGCAUAUGGGUUUUCUAUCCAAGCGUUCGAGCCUACAAGAGAUUUUAGUCCCUACAUAACUAACAAUAUUUCUGAAUUUCGUUUUACUGUAUACUUAUCGUAAUUUCAAUUUUCUUAAGAAGAAUAGUUUUUCCGAUUCUUUUUUAGUAUUCUUUAUCGAUUAACUGAAACAUAUCAACAUAAAGGAAAGCACCAUUAUUUUAAAGAUAUAAAUUGUUUCCACAUUAUAGCAGGCUUUUGUGAGCUCUAGAGUCUUAUUUUGGAAUUAUUCAAAGUAUACCUAAAUUCCUUGUGGAUUUCUUACAAUCUGCCACCCACUAAACGUUUCUCCGGCGAUGUAUAGGAAGCGUUCGAGACGGCUUACGGCAUGAGGAGGCUACGCAGUUGAAGAAGAAAUCAAAUUAAGCAGGAUGAGCGCUGCAAAAAAACAGAAACUGAAGAAUGGCGCCCGUGCCACCAAGAAAAAGAGGAACGAUGAAGACGAUGAUGAUUUUGAAGAAUUUGACGAUCAGCCCAGACAGGCGAGUCCAGCUUCAUCCGGCGGCGGUGACAUGGAACAGGCCGACCUCGAGGAAGGCGCAGCUGCCCCCACAGAGGACGAAUUAGCUAAACAUCUUGGUGUUCCCGGUCGCAUUGUCUUGGCCGGCUGCGUUUCCUGGGACAGUACGGGCAAAAGCAGUAAGAACAAGAACUCGUUGCCGUUCAACUGCCUUUGGUCUCCGAUGCGUUUCGGGCCCGUGGCCGAUAAAAAAAUCUGCCAGGUGAUCACCGGUCGUCAAGGUUGUCACACGAUAUUGAUUACCAACGAGGGCAAGACCUGGGUUUUCGGUCGCAAUGCAAGUGGUCAACUGGGUGUCUGCGACACAAAGGCGCGAAACAUCCCGGUGAUGGUCGAUGCACUUAAAGAGUCGACCGUCGUAGCGGCUGCAGCUGGCAAGAACCACACUCUGUUCCUUACCAUCAACGGAACUGUGUUUGGAUGCGGAGAAAAUAAAUGCGGGCAGGUGGGUGUUGGCAAUAAUACGGGAAAUAUUCUGGUCCCGACGCGCUUGAAUAUGCGUGGCCGUCGGGUUGUUAAGAUGGACUGUGGCAAUGAGUUUUCGAUGCUCGUUGACGAUACGGGCUCGCUGUUCGCGUGCGGGUCGCCCGAGUUCGGCCAGUUGGGCAACAACACGGACGGACAGUACUUCGUCACCAGUAGCAAACUGGCUUUCAACUAUGUGACGACGCCGAAACGCAUUCCUUUGUUCGUUGAGAAAGAAAAAGAUGGUCGUCCGACGCCUAUCCACGACGUGAAAGUCGUGGACGUAUCUUGUGGUAUGAACCAUACUGCCGUAGUUGACUUAAACCGCCGCGUGUUCACUUGGGGCUUCGGUGGUUAUGGUCGGCUGGGCCAUUCGUCGCAAAACGACGAAAAAGUUCCUCGUCUACUGCGUGGCUUCGAAGGCCCUCAGAAGGGUGUGUCACGUAUCUGGUGUGGUGGGUCCUGCACAUUCGUGCUAAAUCACCUCAAUAUUCUCUAUAUGGCUGGUAAGAUCUACACGGGCGGCAGUCGCGAGGCUAAUAUGUACCCACAGGUUGUGCAGGACCUCUCCGGCUGGAACAUCGUUGACAUGGGAGUGUCUGAUCAUGGUGUGUGUAUCGCAGCAGACAACAAUCUUGUUGUUCAGGGUGGUGGUAAAACUUACGGCGAAUUAGCGCUGGGUGAGGGACGCAAGACUUCGGCCAACUACGACACGGUUAAAUCCCUCGAAGGGAUCAAGAUCAAACAGGUUGCACUAGGUCUUGGACAUUUGGCACUUCUCGUUCUCGACGAUAGCGAGGAGAUGACGGCCAAAAUUAACAAACUGGGGCAAUGGACACCCAAGUGUGCUUAAGAAUGCUGACAAUUGCAUAAACCAAACUACAAACGCCUACGAACUAAUUGCUAGAGGGUAGUAGACGGUGACAUCUUCGCUGCCGCAACUCGAUAGCCUCGUAAGACUUUACUUUAUGGAGGAAAAGGAUGAUAAAAACAUAUUGCAACAGUAUUGGUAUUUUUUUUCAACAGAAAUAACCCCCUACCUCUCCUCCGAGAGUACAGCGAUGGAGGCUAAAAAUCAACUCUUUUCUUAUAUAACCAAUUAUACCGGAGAGCAUCGCUAGAAUCGUGCGUUAAACCCUAGCAAGUGAGCGUAAGCCCCGGUACAACUACCAUAUAGUAACAACAAUUGCUUCUUCUUUGCUGCUAUUCCUGCCAUGAUGAUGAAGAAAAUGAGAACGACGACGAAGUUGUCACCGUGUGCUAGGUCAGGACUUCUGUUCCUCUUAAAUAUUGAACCUCACAUACCCUAUAUCUUAAACAGCCCUAAUUCCUGAUCCCUAAGCUCCAACCCCUGAAAUCCUUAUUCCUAACUAACCCCGCCGAUGACAGGACGAUUUCCGAUAAUUCCAGCCAGUUUUCAUCUGAGAGGAAAAAUUGCGGAACGCCUCUGAGCGAGUACAGUUGUUUGCUUCCAUUGAAUCGCAGCUGCUGCCUCUUCUUCUUUAUAUGUAUGUUGUAGGAUCAUGCAUUAUUUGUUUGCUCAUCAAUCAACCUAACCAUAAAUCAAAAAGCAAUCAGUUCGGUCAGUCGAAUCAUUAGCAUUACUCACGCAGACCUGUUACUAUGAAUCCAAUCAGUUUAUUAGGGCAUCAUUUUAGUACGCGCCGGUCAUCGUGUCCUUUGUCGCUAUCCUUAUAGCACAUUGGUUGCGAUGACUACGAACAAUCCGUGAUAGAUACCAUCAUCACAACAUAUAGAUGAGCAAUGCAGUUGAUAGUGAAGCAACGGCGUUAUGUUUGUGUGUAUGUACAUACAUAAUUGCAUACCAAUCGUGUUUUUGUGUGCGCGCGCGUGGUAAACAUCCUAAAAGACAAAUCGUCCAGCGGACGACCGAAUGCAACUGGACCAGCCACAUUCUGCUAAGCAGUUGUCGGAUGUGUGGAAUCAGAUGUGGUGUGAUAUGAUACAACAACUGUUUAAAAUAAGAUAGUAAUGCUGAUGAAAUAAUUAGUAUAACCAUGAUCGUUAUAAAAAAUUUAAAAAAAAAUUGACAGAAGACUAUGUACAGCUGGGCGAUAACCAUUUCGAUGGACGAUUUCCGCCAGUAAAAUGAAUUCUUUUCGGCCCAUUUAUAUAAUUAUAACAUAAAUUUGUGUAUCAAAACCAUUUGCGAAUCACAGUGUUGCUACAUUCAAGGAUUUUUCGAGAACUCGCUUGAAGGAUUUACGCCUUUUUGUAAAAUGUCUCAUGCACAUAUAGUUAGUAGGUGGCGAAAGUGGAAAAAACGAUUCAGAAAAUUGGUACGAAAAGAAAGUCGAUGAAAGAAAUGAACCAAAUAUCUACAAACACACACGUAGACACACACCUGUCGACGUGGUGAUAUCGUCCAUCUACUUGCUACCUUAUUAUAUUGUGAAGUUUAUCAAUUACAAUAUAACGGUUGCUGUUUUCAUUUCUAGAUAUUGAUGGCAAUGAUGAUGGUAAUAACAGCGAUCACGGAACGCGACCAUGAGUUCUUUUAUUAUAUAUUUAUAUAUAUGUAUAUCACAUAACAAUACAUUGAUAUAUACACGCGCAUGUCUAAUUGUGACUGUUCCUGCCCCUAAUAUUGUCCUAAUGAAACAACACGAGCAAUGUACUAUUAUGAAAUAUGAGGAUAACCGCAACAGCAACAACUAGAAAUUUAGAAGAUGACCCUGACAUGUCGCUGUGAUGUUGGCGUUGCGUUCUGUUAAGAAGCGCACCAAAAAAAUUAUGAUUUCGAAGAAAAAUGUAAUGAUAAUAAUGUGGAUAUAUUGAUGAUGAUAACGAUGAAUGACAAUUGUACAAUCUCCAUUUUCAGUGGACCUACUACAACCUACAGUAAAAAAAUCGACAACAUACUAUUAUAAUAAUAACAAUUACAGCCACCACUACUCAAGAAA